CCCGAAGCACCGCCCAGUGCCGGAAGUCACCUCGCCGCCGCUUCCUCACGUGAAGGCCUGGUGCGGGGCGGGCGGUCCGGCCCUGUGGGCGGUUGAGGAGAGAACGGAGUAGUCCCGGGGACCUUCCUUAAGGCAGCGAGGCCGCGGAGGGCGCGGGGGUGGAGGCCCACGACGCUAUGGCUCACGUCGGCUCUCGCAAGCGCUCCAGGAGUCGCAGCCGGUCCCGGGGGCGAGGGUCGGAAAAGAAAAGGAAGAAGAGCUGUAAGGAUGCUCCGAGGAGCUGUUCCGCGUCUAGAUCCCAAGGCCGCAAAGCCAGCACCACCUCCUCCGGGGCGGAGGAGAGAAGCAAACACAAGGCCCGGAGGAGACCGCGAUCCAGCUCCUCCUCCUCUUCUUCCAGCUCUUCUAGCUCCUCUUCCUCCUCGUCCUCCUCCUCCUCUUCCUCCAGCGAUGGCCGGAAGAAGCGGGCGAAGCACAAGGACAAGAAGAGGAAGAAGAAGAAGAAAAGGAAGAAGAAGCUGAAGAAGAAAGGCAAGGAGAAGACGAAAGCGCAGCAGCCUGAGGCGCUGCCAGGACCCUCGCUGGACCAGUGGCACCGAUCAGCUGAGGAGGAGGACGACGGCCCAGUCCUGACGGACGAGCAGAAGUCCCGCAUCCAGGCCAUGAAGCCCAUGACCAAGGAGGAGUGGGACGCCCGGCAGAGCGUCAUCCGCAAGGUGGUGGACCCCGAGACAGGACGCACCAGGCUCAUUAAGGGAGACGGCGAGGUCUUAGAGGAAAUCGUAACCAAGGAGAGACACAGGGAGAUCAACAAGCAAGCCACCCGAGGGGACGGCCUGGCCUUCCAGAUGCGAGCAGGGCUGCUGCCCUGAGGGCCCCGUUGGCCAAGGUCUGUGGACCGUGUCGGUGGCACGACAGGGUGGGCAGUGGGAAGCCCGAUGGGUGCUGUUUGCCUCUUCUCCUGUGGACUGGGCUCUGGCUCAGCCUCUCUCUCAGAUGCAGGGGUGGAGGACGGGGUCACUGUCUUAGUCAGCUCCCCCCAUCUCCUGAAAGAGCGCACCUUCCCAGAUAUUAAAUGUGCCCUGGUUGGAGA